AUGGUUCCCAAUGAAGCUCUCCAGUUCAAGGGGAUUCUGCAGUUACUUCUCCAUUUCCAGUGGACAUGGGUUGGAUUCUUUGGUGGAGUUGGUGCAAAUUUAGAAUGGUUCAUGCAGAAUAUACUUCCUGAAUUUUCCAAGAAUGGCAUCUGUUUUGACUUCAUAGAAACAAUCUACAAUUUUGGUAUGGAGAAUCAGUUUAAAGAAAUUGGGCAAUGGUCAGAGAAAGUGUAUACUACAGUUAUGAACAGCAAAGCCAAUGUUGCAAUUUUAUAUGGAGAUGCUCUGUCCAUGGUAAUUUUCAGAAUGUUGCUAAGCUUGCCAAGAGUUGAAGAUAUGCUACAAAAGACAAAAGGAGAAGUUUGGAUUCUUACAGCCCAAAUGGAAAUGAAAUCAUAUCCUGGCCAAACAUAUUGGGAUACACAAUUGUUCGAUGGUGCAUUAUCUCUUGCCAUUCACUCCAAUGAAGUUCAAGGGUUCCAAGAAUUUCUUCAGAGCAGAAGUCCUUCUGAUAGUAAAGAAGAUGGUUUUAUCAAAGACUUCUGGGCACUCGCAUUUGGCUGUAUGUUCCCAAAUUCUUUUCUGAGAAAUUCUUGGCAAUUUGAGUACAUAGGUAACUGCACUGGAGAGGAGAAACUGGAAAACCUACCUCAGCCUUAUCUGGAAAUGAACAUGAUUGGCCAUAGCUACAGCAUCUAUAAUGCUGUCCAUGCUGUGGCUCAUGCUGUAAAUGCUCUGUAUUCAUCUAAGGUUAGCAGAGCAAUGAUGGAAGGAAAGAGAAAAAAGCUUCCAAAUCUUCAGCCAUGGCAGCUCCACCAAUUUCUGAGAUAUAUAAAGUUUAAUAACAGUGCUGGAGAUAAGAUUUCCUUUGACCAGAAUGGGGAAAUUGAAGCUGGAUUUGAUGUUAUCAACUGGGUCACUUACCCAAACCAGUCUAUUGUUAGAAUGAAAGUUGGGAAGAUGGAUCCCCAUGGCCCACUGGACAAAGCAGUCUCCAUUAAUGAGGAUGCUAUUGAAUGGCACAAUUGUUUUAAUCAGGUACUGCCUCUCUCUGUAUGUAGUGAGAGUUGCUAUCCUGGAUACCGCAAACAAAAGAAGGAAGGGGAGCCAUUCUGCUGCUACGAUUGCUUUCCAUGUCCAGAUGGAAAGAUAUCUAAUCAGACUGACAUGGCUGACUGUUUUCAGUGUGAAGGCAAUUAUUAUCCAAAUCAGGAACAGAAUGCAUGCAUUCCCAAAGUUGUAACUUUUUUGUCCUACCGGGAACCUUUGGGGUUCAGUUUAGCCAGUGGUGUUCUUUUCUUCGUUUUGAACACAGCUCUGGUGCUAAAAAUAUUUGUGAAGCACCACAAUACACCCAUUGUGAAAGGCAACAACCGGAGCCUCACAUAUACUCUACUCCUAUCACUGCUGCUUUGCUUCCUUUGUGCACUGUUAUUCAUUGGCCAACCUAAGAAAGUGACCUGUCUCCUACAGCAAACAGUAUUUGGAAUCGUCUUUUCAGUGGCUGUCUCUUCUGUAUUGGCUAAAACCAUCACUGUGGUUUUAGCUUUCCUGGCUACUAAGCCUGGAUCCAAGAUGAGGAAGUGGGUGGGGAAAAGACAAGCCAACACCAUCAUUCUUUUAAGCACCCUUAUUCAAGUGGGCAUUUGUGCUGUGUGGUUGGUAACUGCUCCCCCAUUUCCAGAUGUUGACAUGUAUUCAGUGACUGGAGAAAUUGUAUUGGAAUGCAAUGAGGGCUCAGCUACCAUGUUUUACUGUGUCCUCGGAUAUAUGGGCUUCCUGGCCAUUGCCAGCUUCACUGUGGCUUUCCUUGCCAGAAAACUACCUAAUAGUUUCAAUGAAGCCAAAUUUAUCACCUUCAGCAUGUUGGUCUUUUGCAGUGUUUGGCUGUCCUUUAUUCCAACCUACUUGAGCACUAAAGGGAAAUACAUAGUGGCUGUGGAGAUUUUCUCUAUAUUAGCCUCCAGUGCAGGGCUGUUGGGCUGCAUUUUCUUUCCCAAAUGCUACAUUAUUGUUCUGAAGCCUGAGCUGAACACCAAGAAACAAAUUAAAAUGAGGAAAUGCUGA